CGGAUAUAUGUAGGACGUCCUUUUCCGGGUUGAAGGUUACUCUUCCUGCAGAAGCAGCGGAAGCUCCAAAACCAUCAUCCGUGAAAGCCACGGAAUUCCAUGAAGACGCAGUUGAACCUGAACACAAUUGUCAGACAAGAUGUUGAGGAGAAAACCGACUCGUUUGGAGCUGAAGAUGGAUGACACUGACGAGUUUGAGAGCAUCAAGAAAGAGCUUGAGGCCCGGAAGCGUCAGCGUGAAGAAGCGGAAUCAGGAGGUGGAGUGGGCGGGGCUUCUGUCGUGGGUGUGGACGUCAGUGGGGCGGAAGCUUCGUCGUCUUCAGCUGCAUCGAGGGCGGAGCUUAUCAACGAACGUAUCGGCUACAAGCCACACCCCAAACCAGCCACCCUGCCCACGCUGUUUGGAAGUUUACAGUUUUAAUUAAUGACACGUUCAUGUUGUUUAAGUGUAUGAUACGUAAAUAUUACAAUCUGACAGUGCUAUUGUCGCAAUGUCCCCAAGGGGAUUACUAAAGUAAGUUAUUUAUGGCUGCAGUGUGGUGUUCAAGAGUACGUCGGUGUGGUGACUGAGGCUGCUGGGAGUUGUUCAACACUUUUCAUUUUAUUUUCAUUAUAAAUGUAUCAAUAUGGUCUUAUAAAAGGCUUAGUCACAUGGAACUAACAUGAAAAAAAGCAUUUGACAAUAUACAGAUCAGUAGGUGGUCUGGUGCUCUGAUGUCAGUAUCAAGGUCCACCCUCUCCAUCACUCACAUCUACAACACAACAGGAGAGUGCUGACCGUAUUGUCAAGAAAAGGUCACCCUGGAACAUUUUUUUUCCAACAAAUAAAUAAUCCCCUGCUCAUUCUG